CUGAGCUGUCACUUUGACGCAGUGCUAGUUUAGUACCCCAUCGAAAAACGAAGUGUUCUGUGAAUUCCAAAGCAUAAGCACACAAAAAUACAUAAGAAAUAAAGAAAAUACGACAUAAGUAGCCAGAUAAAAGGAAAAAUGAAACGAUGGAAAAUAACGCAACAGCAGUUAGUUAAGAAAUUCUAAAGAAUUUCGACGUUCAACUAAGUGAAUAUGUAAAUUUGAGAAUCCAAAAAAAAUAUAUAGUUCUGGCCAGGGAGCAUUUAGAAGUGCCAUCAUAGGUAAUUCGGUGAAAACGAAGUCGACCAAAUAAGCAGUAGCAGAAAGAAGAAGAAGAGACGAAGUGAAGUGAAGUAAUGUCAGAAAAAAAUGAAACUGCCAGUGAAAAGAUUUCUUAAAUUUCCUACUAAUAUUACCUGUUAUGCGCAACGACCAGAAAGCAGUUCUUGAGCGAAGAACAAUGCCACUCACGGUUUGACAACAAAAACGCAAACAUCAUCCUCGCAACCAAAUGCGCUCAAUGUGAAUUCGAACGAAGUGUUUGUGGUUGGUGAAUGAAACGGCUAUAGCAAAAAUAUUAACGUAAUCAAAAAUUCUCUGGAAACUAAUGAACUCAUGAUUAAAAGUGCUACAAAAUACAACAGUUGUUCUUUGGCAACAAGUAAACAAAUUCGUAUGAAAUCUUAUUAGCUAAAACUAAUUACAUUCAACAAGCGAGCUAACAGGUUAAUAUGAAGUGCAAGAAAAUUGUGAAUAACCACAGUGGCGUAGAAGCAGCAUAAAUAGCAAAAACUAAAAUAGUUAAUACAAAAAUAAAUAGACAAGUGAUCGAAUAAGCAGUGUGAGCGUCAAAAAAAAAAUACAUUGGUUUUAUCAGUCGCUGCUUUCCUUACCGCGCAACACCACUUGCGCCCUCAUGCGAGUAACGCGCGAAAACGCCACAUACCGCAUAAAAAUAUAUUAACACAUACAAAUAUCUGUACAUAUGUACAUACGUAUUCGAAUACAAAGCAGCGCAAAUCAAGUCACUACCACCCCUACAGCACAAACGCUUAACAAAACUCACUCCAGCACGCUCCAUUCGGCGUCGCAUCGUCUCACCCUCUUGUCAACAAGCCGCGGCGUCGUGUCGUGUUGUCGCUUAACAUUUGAUUCUUAUAUUUAUAAUAAAUACAUUUGUGCUUGUGCUUUGGUAUGCUUUAUUAUUUCUCUUGAAGUUUAAAACGUAUUUUUGUACAUUGCCUUUCAACGUUAUUCGAGGUUAGUAUAGCAAAGCGUUCGAAAAUAAACGCGCGCGCGCCAAUUUGUGAAAAUAUAUUACAAAAAUAUAACGACGGAAAAGAAACAGCAGAGGAAACGGAAUUUAGAUAGUUAUAUUUGUUGUUAACACAAUAUCAAAAGGUAUCAACAGUUGAAGCAGAAAUAGCAACACAUUUAAUAAUAACAAAAGUGAGCAAGAGCUUGUGAAGUUGAAAAUUUCAAUAUAUUGAUGCUUUCGCAAGCAGCACAACAACACAGACGAACAAACAUAAUCCAUUAGAGGGAAGCGGCAUAAGGCCGACUCACGCGUUUAUCCCACAGCGGCAAUAGCAACAACUAUCGACGACCUAGCGCAACCGCUGGCAAGUGCCACCGAGAGAAGAUGGCCAAUCCGCGCAAAUUUAGUGAGAAAAUUGCGCUACAGAAGCAGCGCCAACAAGAGGGCACUGCUGAAUUCGAACGAAUUAUGAAAGAGGUUUACGCAACUAAAAUGGAUGAUACUCAAGCGAAUCAGAAGAUACUUGAAUGUUGUUUAGUAAAUACUGACAUUGACAGCAAUCACACCACAAAUGCUAGUUUAGUAAGUGGUUCAGGUGUAGGUGGCGGAGGAGGAGGCGGGAAUGGUGGCGCUGGUGAUGGUAGCACCAAUGGUCCAGCUGUAAAUACUGCAGGUAGUGGCAGUGGUGGUGCCUCACCAGAUAGCACCAGUAUUGGCAGUGGUGGGGGCACAAGUAGUAAUAAUGUACGCGAGUCUAGAGGGCGCAGUGUAGGUGUCGGUCCCAUGCGACGCCCCUCGGAGCGUAAACAGGACCGUUCGCCAUAUGGCAGCAACGCUGGCGUCGCAGUCGGCAUGGGCGCGGUCUUGAACAACAACGCCUAUCUCAGCCCGCCAAUGGACAGUAGUUGGCGUCGCUCAAAUUCAGAUUCGGCACUUCAUCAAACACUCAGUAUGGCGGUGGCGGCGGAAGGUGGUUUUGGUCCGGGCGGCAUAGCUGGCGUUGGCGGACUGCCCGGUGAUAUGAAUGUGCUGCAUGCAAACUACCAGCAUCACAACCAACGAUCUCAUUCGCCAAAUAUUGGCCGCAGUUUUAGUCCACAAGCACAAAGACGAAAGGGUCAAAUGAUGCAUCAUCAUCAGCAACACCCUCAGCAACACCUACAUCAUAGUCAACAACACUUGCAAUUGCAGCAGCAACAUCAACAGCUGCAGCAACACUUUCAGCAGCAGCAGCAACAACAGCAACAGCACCAGCAGCAUAUGCAUCAACAAGCACAACAGCAGCAUGUCCAACAACACCAUCCGCAGCAACAUGCGCAACAGCCAGCGAGUAGUGUUAGCCAACAGCAGCAACAUCCACAACAUUUCAAUGCCAAAUACACAAACUGCAACAUGCCAAUAAAUAAUAUAUUCAAGUCCCUACAAGAGCAAUCGCUGGCGCUCGCCAAUACGGGUUCAUUGCCGGAUCUGACUUCAUUACAUUACUCGCCUGCACAACAGCAAUUGAUCCACCAGCAACAGCAGCCGCAGCACCAACAGCAAACGCUUUCGCCAAUACUGUCACCUCACAACAAUGGCCGCGAUCGAGAUCAGUCUUCAAGUCCCUUCAGCCCUGCUGCCGGCAAUGGCAAUGGAGGUGGUGGGGGUGGCGGUCCGCCAUCGCCAUAUCAACAGCAGCAGCACUCACCCACAUCAGCCGCCAACACACCGACAGCUGCGCAAACAUCGCCACAUUUGUCUUUCACAAAUCUCGCCGUGCAAUCACCCACAGGCAACGGCCCCGCCACACAAAACGCCGCACAAAGCGGCAAUUUCACCAACCUGCCUACACUGGGUGCCGCCAGCUCGACGGGCAAUCUUACAGACUACCGCCAACCACUGAAUCCACCCAGUCCAGGCUCCUCUCCGGGAUUGCUGACGUCCGUAUCGGGAAACGAUGUGGUACAUAUCAGCGCGCCUGCCAGUCCAAUACGGCAUCCGCAAGCCGGCGUCAUCGGCCAAGGCAUACAGGGCUAUAAUGAAAAGAAUAUUCAGACAUUCGAUCGUUACUCUCCUGCUAUUCCUGUGGGUGCGCUAGAAGCGACUGGGUACAAUAGUCUGAAUCCCUCGUUUCACAACCAUUUUGAGCAAUUUACGCUAGGUGACAGCAAUUCCUCGCCCGAGCAACAACAACAGUUGCAACAACAUUUUCAGCGUCAACAACAGCAGCAGAAUAGCUUCACUACGUUAGAUUUUGAUGACUUCGUUAGCGGUGGGAAUGGUUCGCCAUAUUCCCAGAGCCUAACCCAGAACAAACAAUUAGACUUUGGUGAUCUGGCAGGCGUGUCGACGUCAACGGCGACGACAGUAACGCAUAGCAGUAGAAGUGACGAUAGCAAUUGUAACUCCAACAGCGGUAACAGCACAACCAAUAACAAUAACACUCAGCAACAACAACUGCAAGCGACACGUAUUAUGACGAAUCAACUGUUAAAUAAUAAUGGCACCGGUGGAGGCAACAAUGUUAACAGCAACACAAAUACAAACGGUCCAUGUCGCAUUAGCAACAAUAAUGUAAAUCUGACGCAAGCGAACGAAGUGAACUCGUCACCCAUACCUUCACCCUUGGGUUGCUUGCCGUCACCCUCGUCUCCACUACCGAUUCCUAUAAAUACACAAUCGCCGCAUCAUCAACAACACCAACAUAUGACGCUGUCACUGCACUCACACUCUGCACAACCAUCACCUCAUCAUUCACCACUGCAUUCGCCGCACCACGCCUCCCCACUGUCAUCAUCGUCGCCGGGCAUAACAACAUUAACUGGCGGAGUAUCCCCAUCGUCACAUGGCGGCGGUAAUGGCGGAAACAAUGCGUCGUCGCACCACCAUCAACACCAGCCGACAACGCAACACCAACAACACCAUCAUCAUCAACAAAAUCACGCUAAUACACCGACCAACACCAACAUACCGGCGAUCAUAUUCUCUGACUAUUCGUCGCGUGAAAUUUUCGACUCACUCGAUCUGGACCUGGGUCAAAUGGACGAGACUGCACUAGAUUUACUAGCAGAUCAGAACUCGAUAAUGAUUGCCGAUGCUACAAUCGAAGACAGUUUUCGAAAAGAUCUUAACUGAUACUAUGAGGAAGCUGUUGCAGCUAUUGAGAGUGGCGUACUACUCGACGACACCUUCGAUCCGCUAGGGCCCAUAGUAGACGUCACUGAGGUACUGGGCAAUCCGCUGGCGGAUACAAUGAAGUACAAACAAGACGAAACAAUAGACACGGCCACGCCCACCAAAUCUGCCAACAACACAAAUACAGACUCCAUACCACCCAUCAAACUUAAUAUUAGCGGGCAAGAUAAUAUCGAAGAUGAGCUUAGUAAUGUCGACGAUAACAUAAGCAUUGGAUUAGGUAUUGGUAUCGAAAUCGGUAUUGGCAGCGAUACUACUGAGAACAACGGUGAUGUGGAAGA